UGCCCUGUAGUUCUAAUACUAGUGAUGUAGUUUUUGACGAGAGAGAAGAGUCGUAGCAUAUGGCUAAAAUAGUAAACCAGUCAAACUGUCAUUGCUCCGGUUGCAAUAACCCUUAAAAUGAAUAAUGGCUACUGAAAUCGAAAGUGAAAAUCGAAUUAAGAGUAUCUUAUCCACUCUCGAAAUAUUAGAUGGAAAAAAUAAGAACAAGAAGAAGAUAUUGGGGAAGAGGCAAAGCGAAUCCUUGCGUAACCCGACCUACUCAUCAGCGUUAAAGACACAUCAUUCCCUGUCCUGUGACAAAGAAACGAGGAUGGUGCCCAAAAUACUCGCUAGAGGAAAUGACGAGACAAUGGUGGGAAAAUACUCUACUUUCCUCGCUCAAAUAGUGACGGAUUCCAGCAGUAAAGAAAGACGAAAUUGGAAAAAAGAAAGAAACAGUGAUUCUAUUUUCGAUCAAGAUAAUUUGAGAGGAGACAGGCCAAACUUUCAAAGAAGACGUGAUACAAUGUCAUUUAAGUUUACUGAAAAUCAGCAUGGCACUUCAGGAGACACUCGACGACCUAGAGAUGCAAAAUUUGUCCAAAAUGGAAAGCACUUGAUACCAUCUUUAGAUCGGAAGCACUGUAAACCUUUCAUUUUACGAACAGAAAAUGAUAGUGAUUCCAAGCAAAACCCUGAGCAAACCGAACAGAUGGAUUUUAUCGCGGAAAAUACUACUUCCAGCAAAACUUCAACAUGGCAGCAAGUUGUGAAAUCGCGAUUGAUUCUGAAGCUAGUCAGUGACGCCACGACACCAAGAGUCGCAGAAGUCGUCGAAACCAAGAUGAAGGCUCGUCGUAUCAGGAAAAGCUCAUCCGAGUUGGAUAAGGACAAAGAAAAUGGUGGUUUCCAUAAUCAUCUAUCAACUGUGAUCGGUGCUACAGUAGCCUUCAAACGAAAAAAACUCAAAAUACUACGAGAAGAACGAAAGUUUCGUCUCUCCAGACUGUUCAGGGUUGUAGCCCGUCUUGUUGUGGUAAUCAGACGUAUCUGUGAGGUUCAUUUCGUCGAGAGAGGCAGGACAGAGGAAGUCGAUAUAUCGUUUGCCAAGCUAGUCUCCACCAGGCAGAGAACAGACCUAAUGUUUGACGUCACAGACUACAAAGCAAAGAAGAAGUGGCAGCUGAUGUCAGAAACUAAACGCAUUUUACAGAAGUCUACCCGAAGCGAACAUGAUAUACAACAUAUAGAGACAACACUACGCGAGAUGUCAGCUUUAGGGGAAUACCCGGCGUCAAUGCAACGGAGUAUAGCUCGAGUAGGCUGGUAUGAAUCAUAUGGACCUAAUAGAGUCAUAGUAAGAGAGGGUCAUAUGCCUGAUGCAUUCUACUUCAUUCUAUCCGGUUCGGCUCUGGUGAGUGUACCCACGCCCGGGGAAGUCAAACCUAAGAUAUUGGCCAUCUUACUACGAGGUGACAGUUUCGGGGAAUUAGCUAUUCUGAAUCAAAGCAAGCGUACAUCAACAGUUACCACUAGGGAGAAUGUCGAGAUGUUCGUCAUUUCUGUAGAGGAUUUUACUAAUAUCGUGAUGUCUGGAAACAGUAAGAUGCUUCAAGAUCCGGGAACAGCGACAUUUAUGAGGAGUGUUGAGUUCUUGAAGGAAUGGCCGCUGAAUAAAAUCGAAAACAAUCCAAAGAAAUGCGUCUUCAACUUCUUCAGGAAAGACACGGUCCUCGUAAGAGAUAGCAAGUUGUCUGAAUGGAUCUAUGUCGUCAAAUCGGGAAGCUGUUCUGUGCUGAAGCAACUAAAGAACGUCGAACCCGAACUCUAUCCUAAGAAGCGGGAAUCAAGUAAAGAUGAGAGAGCGACGUCAUCAAGGCACAAGCAACUCCUAUUGGAUCGAGAACGUUCAUUCACGAAUCGCCGGAUGAUUGCCGCGCGUGCGCAGAGGGAAUCACUGUAUAAUCGAGGAAUGGAUCUACCCUAUCUCAUGAUGAACGAGGAGCUGACGGAAGGACUUGCACCAAACAGGAAUAGGAGUACCACCAUUCUUGCUGGUGAAGAUGGGACGGACAAUAUCGAAGAGCAAAAGAGAGAGGAGAGAUGGAUGGAAGAGCUGGAAGAAGGUGGCGCCCUCAACGACAUGAAGGAGAGUUUGUUGUAUCCGUUGAUUGAAGUUGAGAGGAAAGACGAAGAUGAUGUUAUCCCGAGAUAUGGACCACAGCGAACAUUCGCCCAUGACCUUAAUCAGCGUGCUCUACGAAGAAAGGAGUCAACUAGACUGAGCUCAGAUAUUACGACCGAUUCACGUCCUGUCUUCGUAUGUAUCCAGACAUUGCAAAAAGGAGGAGUCUUUGGUUUGGUAGAUGUUCUGUUCAGUGAACAACCAAGCCUGAGCCUGAUAAGUAAUGGAGCAGAGUGUAUGGUCAUGUCUAAACACUUCUUCCUUCAACACGCCAACGAUGAUAUGCUACAUAGGGUCAAGAUAUCGAUGAUGCCGUUUGCUAAAGAGGAUGAAAUUCAGCGCAGUUUGGAGAACCAGCUCAGAUGGGAAGCCUAUAGAAACGUAACCAUGGAAACAACUUUGUCAAGAAUGCACAUGAAGAAGUUCUACACAAAAUGAUAUCAAUAUAUGAAAGAUGAAAUAUGUUGAGUAUAAGAAGGAGAAUGCAUGACAGACAAGAUCUUAAGAAUGCAUUAAGACAUGCAGCUCCUGUCACACCAACACGUCUUACAAGAUGACCAGAUCUUGUCGACUUCCUUGAUAGAUCAUGACAAGAUUUGGGAUCCCUAAAUACAGACUUUCCUCCUGUUAACUUCUUUGUAAUUAGAAAAGAUCCUGCAUGGGUGACGACGAUGAUGACCAGGAUGGUGGUAAUGGUCAUUAUAAGUAAAGACAUAAAAUAUUUCUCUCAUGUAAAACAAGAAGAUCGGGAAUUCGGAUCUCGAUCAUGAAGUCAAAUUCAUUGGGACGACACGAUAACAUUAUAUGGACUUUAUUGAAUUUUCUCUUUAGAUCUUACCAAAUUUAAGAAAGUGCAAAUAUUACUAAUGUAGACCAAAUAAUAGACCCUAUGUGUACAUAACUGUUAUCAAUUUUAUUAUUACUAUUUCCUAUGUAAUUAUGACAAUGUAUGACAUACAAGUAUGACAGAUUAUUUAUUUUGUAUGAAAUGCGAAAUCUAUAUAUUUAUUGUUAAUAUUAAUAAUAAUAUUGGGUUCUUGUAAUGUUAGUUUACACUCACUUGGUUCAUGUCUUGAUUUGAAUAAAGCCUCGAUCUUACUUGCUAAGCCGACUUAGUUUGGUGUACGUGGCGUUGCACAUGAAUGUUACACGAUUAUUUAUCCGAUAAAUUUAAUUUUAGACUACAUUUUUGGUUAUACAUGUAGUUAAACACUGACGAUAUCAAAAGAAUAAAAAACAGAAACAGUAAUUGCCUGCUGUCACUUGAUAUAACACUAGUGGCAUACCCUAUUUAUAACCUUUUCUAACAAGGAUUUUUGCAACAAAAGGAUACUAUAAAUAUUAUGCUUAUCUCUUUUAAUUACAUAUAUCAGCUUCAGUAAACCUCACUAUCGAAUGGUCACACUUCACCGUAGCAUGAUAUCAAUGUACAUUCUAUCAGAUUAUUAGUCUUAUAAUGUAUACCUAUAGCAAAAUUGUUUCAUCAAUGUGUCAACCUCGUUUUCAUUAUCUUAGGAGUCAUAGUGCAACGAGAAUACAUGUAAUUGAGUUGUUAUUCUUUGUAUUUCUUUUUUAAGUGGAUUAAUCUCUCAGCCAAAUCAAAGUCUGAUGUGAUCAGGUGUAUAUUCCAGUUUAAAUUAAAUCACUUAUAUUCAGUUGUAACUGGAUAUAAAUAUUAAUCUAUCAUCUA